GUGAUAGUUAAUUUGCAUAUUACUCUUUUAUUAGAUAGGAUAAAGCCAGAAAAGAAUAAAAAUAGUAUUAUAAAACUGGCAUAGGACUCCAGCUGCUGCCGCAGGAGGUCCGGACACUGGUGGCCAUAGGACUCGCCUGUACUAAAUUACACAUCUUAACUGGGUUGCUGUAAAGGACUAAUGCCUAAACUGUCUCAGCAUGGCCUAUCGAGGAGGAGGUGGACAUGGCCAUGGUCCCUCAGCUGCACUCCACCCUGUUAUCCCUGGAAGUCUUUGCACAUGUAGAAAUCGUACUCAUAAUAUAUGCAUGGUGUCAGACUUUUUCUACCCGAACAUGGGAGGCGUGGAGAGCCACAUCUACCAGCUCUCUCAGUGCCUGAUUGAAAGGGGACACAAGGUCAUCAUUGUCACCCACGCUUACGGAAACCGGAAAGGCAUCCGAUACCUCACUAACGGCCUCAAGGUCUAUUACCUGCCUCUGAAAGUCAUGUACAACCAGUCCACAGCCACCACCCUCUUCCACAGUCUGCCUCUGCUCAGGUGCAUAUUCGUGCGAGAGAGAGUCACCGUGGUCCACGCACACAGCUCCUUCUCCGCCAUGGCCCACGACGCCCUCUUCCACGCCAAGACCAUGGGGCUCCGCACCGUCUUCACCGACCACUCCCUUUUCGGGUUUGCCGAUGUCAGCUCGGUGCUCACAAACAAGCUUCUCACGGUAUCUCUCUGUGACACGAACCACAUAAUCUGUGUCUCUUACACUAGUAAGGAAAACACUGUGCUAAGAGCCGCACUGGAUCCUGAAAUAGUGUCCGUCAUUCCUAAUGCUGUAGAUCCUACUGACUUCACCCCAGACCCAUUUAGAAGGCAUGACAGCGUAACUAUUGUUGUUGUCAGCAGACUUGUUUACAGAAAAGGCACCGAUUUGCUUAGUGGUAUAAUACCUAAACUAUGUCAGAAAUACCAAGAUUUAAAUUUCAUAAUUGGAGGAGAGGGACCAAAGAGAAUAAUUUUGGAAGAAGUACGGGAAAGAUACCAGCUACAUGACAGAGUGCGUCUCUUGGGAGCCUUAGAACACAAGGAUGUUAGAAAUGUCUUAGUUCAAGGACAUAUUUUUCUUAAUACUUCCCUUACUGAAGCGUUCUGCAUGGCCAUUGUGGAAGCAGCCAGUUGUGGUUUACAGGUUGUAAGUACCAGGGUUGGUGGAAUUCCUGAAGUACUUCCAGAAAAUCUCAUUAUUUUAUGUGAGCCUUCUGUAAAAUCCUUGUGUGAGGGAUUGGAAAAAGCUAUUUCCCAACUGAAGUCUGGAGGAUUGCCAGAUCCAGAAAAAAUCCAUGACAUAGUAAAGACUUUCUACACCUGGAGGAAUGUUGCGGAGAGGACGGAAAAAGUGUACAGUCAUGUGGCAGGAGAAACUGUGUUACCCAUGGACAAACGCCUGGACAGACUCCUGUCUCACUGCGGCCCAGUCACAGGCUGCAUUUUUGCUCUGUUGGCCGUAUUCAACUUUCUCUUCCUCGCUUUCCUGAGAUGGAUGACUCCAGAUUCUCUCAUUGAUGUGGCAAUGGAUGCCACAGGGCCAAAGGGUGCCUGGACUAAACAAUAUCCUUAUAGCAGAAAACGGGGCAGGAAUAAUGAAAUGUCCAAAACCCGGUAGAAGAAAGCCUGGAUUGGAAGGUUUUAAAUAUUUGUAACAGUGGUAUUAAGUCUAUUGAAAAUAACCUUGCUUUUCCCCCCCUUUUUUUUUUUUAAGUUAAUUUAGUAAGUUGUGCUAUCUCUAUAUCAUACAAUGUUUUACUUUGAGGAACGAUAACUUAUGCAAUUCCUGAGUGUGGAAACUCUUUGCACUUAUUUAUAAUUUAAGAGAGAACUUAUUUAAGUCACUCAGGAAUGAUAUUUUUCAGAUUUCUGAAAUUCUUCUAGCAGAAAUGUUUUCACAUAUUUUGGGAGCUUUGGAUGCUGAGGAACCAAGUGUUUUGGGGGCAUUUCUUUCUUUUGGCCAAUUUAAAUGUCCUGCCAUUAAUUAGAUAUUUGCCUGAUGUUUACAAGUUUCCUUUAGGGAAGUACAACAACACUAUGAACUAUUUUAAAUUAUGUCCGUGCAACUUUAUUAGAUACGUAAGUCAUGUUCUUAACCUUUUAUUGGGAACACUCAGUGUUACAUAUUAUUAGCAGGUUUCUUGAAUAAGAAGGUCUGUCAGCUACUAGCCUGCUUUAAGCGCCUACUAUGUGUAGAAUAUUGAACUAGACACUUUUUGCCCUGAACGACCAGGGUACUUUCACUGUUUACCACUCAAAUGGUUCACUUCAUUGUAGUCACUUGACUACAUGAAAUGUAGUCACUUAACAUCCAACAUGCCAA